AUGCUCCCCGCCCGGGCGCGGGUCGUGACGCGCGUCAAGUCGGUGCCCGCGGCUUCCAACGCGUCCACGCUGGCGUUUCGCCACGCGGCCGGUCGCCGCGCGGCCGUCGCCACCGCCGCUAGGUUCCAGGGCCGCGCGACGUCCCGUCCGGCGUCUGGCGCCGCAGUUAUUCGCGCCGACGGCGCCACCAGGCGCGACGUCCGCGCCGGCGCCAUCUCCGACCCCGCCGCGGAGCGGGUCGAUAUUCCCGCCAACUCUGCGCUUAACACCAUCCUGCGCUCCAACGCGGGCGCGAUCAACAAGAUCAUGUGCGCCAACCGCGGCGAGAUCGCGGUCCGCACCUUCCGCGCCGGCACCGAGCUCGGCAUGCGCACCGUCGCCGUCUUCAGCGAGGCUGACCGACUCGCCACGCACAGGUACAAGGCCGACGAGUCCUACUGCGUCAACCCGGGCGAAACCCCGGUGGGCGCCUACCUCGGCUACGAGGGCAUCAUCGAGUGCGCCAAGAAGAACGGCGUGCAGGCCAUCCACCCCGGGUACGGCUUCCUCUCGGAGAAUGCCAACUUUGCCAGGCGAUGCGAGGAGGAGGGCAUCAUCUUCAUCGGCCCGCGGAGCGAGACGAUCACGCAGAUGGGCGACAAGGUCAUCGCAAAGUCACUCGCGAAGGAGUGCGGCCUGCCCUUGGUCCCCGGCACGGAGGAGGCGACGGACGACGUCGAGGCGGCGGAGGCGUUUGCGCAGGAGUUUGGCAUGCCGAUCAUGCUCAAGGCGGCGAUGGGCGGUGGCGGCCGCGGCAUGCGGAUCGUGCGGACCAUGGGUGAGCUCAAGGAUGCGUUCACGCGCGCGUCGUCCGAGGCGCUCGCGGCGUUCGGCGACGGACGCAUGUUCCUGGAGCGGUACGUCGAGGCUCCGAGGCACAUCGAGGUUCAGAUCCUCGCCGACGGGCACGGAAACGUGGUGCACCUGCACGAGCGCGAUUGCUCCGUGCAGCGAAGGCACCAGAAGGUGGUCGAGCUGGCGCCGGCUCCCAUCCUGGACCCGGCGCUGAGGCAAACCUUGCACGACGACGCGGUGAGGCUGGCGAAGCACGUCAACUACCGCAACGCCGGCACGGUCGAGUUCAUGGUGGACAAGGAGGGUCGCCACUACUUCCUCGAGGUGAACCCCCGCAUCCAGGUGGAGCACACGGUGACGGAGGAGGUGACCGGGAUCGACCUGGUGCAGUCGCAGAUUCUCAUCGCGGGCGGCGCCACCCUCGAAGACAUCGGCAUCAAGUCCCAGGACGACAUCAAGGUCCAGGGUUUCGCCAUGCAGUGCCGCAUCACGACCGAGGACCCCCAGAUGUCGUUCGCGCCCGACUUUGGCAAGGUGGAGGUGUACCGGCCCCCCGGCGGCAUGGGCGUCCGCCUCGACGGCGAGGUGGUCGUCGGCAGCCGCGUGUCCCCAAACUACGACUCCCUCCUCGUCAAGCUCACGUGCAAGGAGAAGAACUUCAUGUCCGUCAUCCAGAAGAUGUACCGCGCGCUGGGCGAGUUUCGCGUGCGCGGCGUCAAGACCAACAUCCCGUUCCUCCUCAACGUCCUCCAAUCCGAGACGUUCCUCUCCGGCGAAUUCGCCACCGACUUUAUCGACUCGACGCCGUCGCUGUUCGACCUGGAGUCCACCCAGGACGACAUGACCAAGCUCCUGAGCUACCUCGCGGACGUCGCGGUCAACGGCGCGAGCCACCCGGGGGCGGUUGGUCCCGCGCCCGUCGUCGUCGAGCCCGUCCCUCCGAAGCCCGCGACGGAGACGCCGCCCCCGGGUUUCAAGCAGAUCAUCGACGAGCAAGGACCGGCGGCGUUCGCCAAGGCGGUUCGGGACCACGAGGGGUUGUUGUUGAUGGAUACCACGUGGCGCGAUGCGCACCAAUCGGCGCUCGCCACGCGGAUGCGCACCCGCGACCUCCUCGCGUCGGCGCCCGCGACGGCUGACGCGUUGGCCGGGGCGUACUCGCUCGAGAUGUGGGGCGGCGCCACCUUCGACGUCUCCCUCCGGUUCCUGCACGAGUGCCCGUGGCAGAGGCUGGAGAAGCUUCGCGAGGCGGUGCCCAACAUCCCGUUCCAGAUGCUUUUACGCGGUGCCAACGCGGUGGGCUACACCUCCUACGCGGAUAACGUCGUCAACGCGUUUGUCAAGGAGGCUCGACUCGCGGGCGUCGACGUGUUCCGCGUGUUUGACUCGCUGAACUACAUCGAUAACCUCAAGUUCGGGAUCGACUCGGUGAGGGCCGCAAACGGCGUGGUGGAGGGCACCGUCUGCUACACCGGCGACGUCUCCAACCCGAAAAAGACGAAGUACUCGCUCGAGUACUACGUCAACCUCACCGAGCAGCUCGUCGAUCACGGAAUCGACGUCUUGGCGAUCAAGGACAUGGCGGGACUCUUGAAGCCCCGCGCGGCUACCAUGCUCGUCGGCGCGCUCCGCGAAAAGUUCCCGGAUCUCCCCAUCCACGUCCACACCCACGACACCGCCGGCACGGGCGUCGCGUCCAUGCUCGCCGCCGCCGAGGCUGGCGCGGAUGUGGUCGACGUGUGCACGGAUGCCAUGGCGGGACUCACGUCCCAGCCCGCGAUUGGCGCGCUCGUCGCGGCGGUUCAGGGCACAAACCUCGAGACCGACAUGGACUUUGAGAAGAUCCUCAAGCUAAACACGUUCUGGGAGCAGACGCGCGGGCUGUACUCGCCCUUCGAGUCCGGCAUCAAGGCGGGCUCCGCGGAUGUCUACAUUCACGAGAUGCCCGGCGGCCAGUACACCAACCUCAAGUUCCAGGCCUUCUCCAACGGCCUCGGCUCCGAGUGGGACCGCGUCAAGGCUGCUUACGCCACCGCCAACCAGAUCCUCGGCGACAUCGUCAAGGUGACGCCCUCGUCCAAGGUUGUCGGCGACCUCGCGCAGUUCCUCGUGGCCAACGACCUCAACGCCACCUCCGUCGUCGACCAGGCUGAGACUCUGUCUUUCCCGUCGUCGGUGGUUGAGUACUUCCAGGGAUACAUCGGCCAGCCCGCGGGCGGGUUCCCCGAGCCCCUCCGAUCCAGGGUGCUGAAGGGUAAGAGCACGGGGUACGAGGGCCGGCCGGGCGCCGACAUCCCCGCGGAGGACCUCGAGGCGCUCAGGUACUCCGUCAGCAAGAAGCACGCCAGGCGAGACAUCAGCUGGCGCGACACCCUCUCCGCGGCGAUCUAUCCGGCGGUGUUCGACGACUACGUCCGCAAGGUUAACCUGCACGGACCGCUCACGAUGCUCCCCACCAAGGCGUUCCUCGUCGGACUCGACAUCGACGAGGAGUGCGAGGUGGAGCUUCGCGCGGGCGUGAGGGCCAGCAUCAAGCUCAAGGCUAUCGGCGAGCUUCUUCCCAACGGCAACCGCGAGGUUUUCUUCGAGAUGAACGGUAUCCCGCGCGUGGUCGAGACCGCGGACCGCACCGACGCGGGUGAGACGAAGAAGUUUAGGAUCGCGAGCAGGGAGAAGAGCGACCCGGCGGACAUCGGCUCCGUCGGCGCGCCGAUGGCGGGCGAGGUUGUGCAGGUGCUCGUGAAGGAGGGCGAGGACGUCAAGGCUGGCAGCGCCAUCGCGGUGCUCUCCGCGAUGAAGAUGGAGACCACGGUGUCCGCGCCGUGCGACGGGCGGGUCAAACACAUCGCCAUCGUGCCCAAGGAUACCAUCUCCGCGGGCGACCUGCUCGUGGCGCUCGACACGGACCUCGUGGAGGCGUGA